AACACAGAAAAGAUCCAGUAACUUGUGAAGUAUUCAGCUCAGAAGGUUUCACUUUGGUUUUUGCUGCUGGCUCCUCCUCCCUCACACUUAGCUUCUUGUGCAGAUCUAUUUCACUCCCAACAAUCUUCUAUUCAUUGAAUGUUUUGAAACUUAGCACUUAAGAGGAUAGUUAUGAGAGAAUGGUAAUAUGGAAGACAUCAGAAACAUUGCGGAUGAGACAUUUCCAAGUUUUUUGGCCAACUCAAUAACUAGCCAUGCUGGUGAAAUUUUGGAUAAUAUUACAAUUUCGUCAAACUUUGGUCUACCAGUUGCUGCUUCUACUGAAGCCAGACAGAGAACUAGCUCUUAUGACAGACUUUGUGAUCAAAUUUCUUAUACGGAAAGGAAAUUCUUAGCCUCUUCCAACAGUGGUGAAUCAGAUCCCGAUCCAAGAAGGAAGCUGAUACUUAACUUUCAGGAUACUGUGGAAAACCAUAAUAAAGUUACAGAAACUCACUUAGAGUUGGACCAGAAUGAAUCUAAUAUUUUACAGAGAAGACAAAGCCAAAAUUGCACUGAUACCUGCUCAGGUAACAGUCAGGAUAUUCUGCAUGAAAAGCUUUCACUUGAACACCAGGAAGAUUUGACAACUAUAACAUUUGCUGCACUGGGGAAAGACAGUGAAGGCCACAAGGUUGCUUCAUUGGAAUCCGGUCAGAACUGGAUAACAAGUGAAAUGGGUGACAAUGCUGCUGUGACUGGUUUUUCCAGAUUUAUAGAAAAUGAAAAACUAUUGAGCUUUACAAGUCUAGAAGAACAUUCUACAGAUGAUGAUCUUGGAGAUGAAGAGUUCUGUGAUGAGCAGUUGGAGGCCUAUUUUGAGCAACUGGUAUUGCCAGAAAUGGAAGAUAUAGAAGAACGUGAGCUUGGUGAAUAUAUUGAAGAUGUGGAAUUACCUACUAAUCAGGAAAAAUUCCAGAUUCCAAGUGUUUGCCGUGCAACUGCAGGAACUGAUUCUCCUGUUCCUAGUGAUAAGGAAUCAUAUGAUCUUAAGGGAGCUGGGCACAAGUUCAUCCAUCCAAUGACAGCAAGGCAAGAGGAAGAGGAGUGCUGUAAAUCUAGUCUUAAAUCUGGGCACAGUGGUAGUUCGGAUAAAUCUCAUGUUGGAAUAAUAGGUGAUGCCUCUGAAGUACACAGUAGAACAUUGGAUUCUCAACAUACUACUUCAGAUGUAAAAGUUCAUUUUGACAGUGGUGGGGAACCUUUCAAGAUUAAUAUAGUCGAUAAUAGCAGAAAUGAAAGUGAAGGACCCAUUGCAAAACAGACCACAGACAACUCUUAUUAUACGGAUGUCACGAAUGUAACCAACUCAGAACUUAAGCUGGAUUCCCUCUACUUUAAAUGUACUGAUGACAAGGCUGCUUCUGAGAUUCAGCAUGUAGAACGGCAAAGCCAAUUUUCUCAUCUGUGUCAAAUUGCUAAUGAAAGUUAUAUUCCUCUGGCUGAUGUGUACCCAUCCCCAAGGUCUUGCAGAAGUUCUAAGCAAUACCAGUGUACAACGGAAGAGAUCCCACCACAUAAUGUUGUAUAUCAAAAUGAAGAGGGCAGAUGGGUGACAGAUCUUGCAUACUACACCUCAUUUAAUGAAGAGCAAGCAUUUAACCUCUCAAGUGUAAGUGGAGAUUUCAUAACUGGAACUGAUGCAAUUGCUAUGUUUGUACAAGAUCAAGAAGAAUUUGAGAGGGAGCACAAGUUUAUGCAGGAAGAGAAAAUGGACCCACAAAAUACUUCUGCUUUAGGAGAUUCAUCAUGGAAAUCAGUUAACAGCUACAAUCCCCUAAAAGUUUCAGAAACUGAAUUUAGCAAAGAUGCUAGCUUUUUACGGCUCUCUCUGGGAGAGUUCUUUGGUCAGAGAUCUGAAGCUCUCGGAUGCCUUGGAGGAGGUGGUGAUGUGAAAAGGCCAUCUUUUGGUUACUAUAUUACUUCUCCAGAGAAGAGACAGCCUGUUCCUUUGUUAAGGCAAUCUGAUGUAUCUAGAGCAAAUUCUGAUGAACCGAACUUGCAGAUUUCUGACCCUCUUCAAGAAGAGAGCCUUAAAGAAGAAUCUCACACUGAAUCCACUACUUUUACUCAUGGCGAAAUGGGCACACAAACCAGAGAGAACAGGAGUGAGAAAGUUGAAGAAACAAAAGUUAAAAGUGAACAUAAUGACCUAGACCCUUCUCUUCUGAGUAUCAGCACAAUUGCAUCUGCUAUUGCGGAUGCUUCUCUUAGUGCUGAACCUUCACAGCUAGCUGCUUUGAUGAUGAAACUUUCUAAUAAACAUAAGGAAAAAACUAAUAUUCAGGAAAUGGGCAGACUCCCAGACUUGUCUGUUAUCAGUCAGCUACUAUCCAGCAAUGUAGAAGAUAACACAUUUGACAUAGAAAAGUAUCUCAGAAGAACUGACGUUGGGAACAACAAUGAACCUGAAAGUAUCGUUAAGCAUGAAGAAACUGCCACAGACUGUCACAGAUCUUUGUACAAGCAGGAAAGUGAAAUGGGUAAUGCAGAUCUGUUAAAUUUCUACAUCCAGUAUGGAAAAAAUAAGCAGCAUCUUGAAAAGAUCUAUGAAGAAAAUGAUUCCAGUAAUUUACCUUACGAUAUAAGUUCUUCAGAGCAGAAAAGGAAAACAGAAUGUAUAGAUGCAUCAUCUAACAUAAAUGAACAUUUUCAGUCAAAGAUGCAGGCAUCUACUGUACCAGGUUUAAAAAAGAAGCUAUCUGAAACAUCCUUGAAUGAAAAUGUAACGACAUCUUCCACUUAUUCUAAAUUGGAAGGAAGAGCUAAUAAGAACACUCUGCCCUUCAAUUCAAAAUCUGUUCCAGUGUUGAUUUCCCCUCUUGCUAUAUGUCCUGAAAAAGAAAAAGCUACCUGCCAAGUUAAUAACCAAAAUGAGCAAGAUAGAAGAAUCCUGAAAGAGAAUGCUACAUGCAACAGUGAAAAUCAUGUGACCUUUGAAAAUGCAGUCCUUGAUAACCAGGAAAUUCCUGAAGAAGCUGUUAUAGGAACUGAACAGAAGCUUGCAACUGCUAUGCAGCUUUCAGAUGAUGAACAAUGCAGUUUCAGACCUUCAACUUCUCCUCUUAUUCAUUCAUCUCCAAGUGAAGCAUCUGGAACUUCUCUUUCAGGAUCUGAUUUUCCUUGUACAACACUUAAUUGUAAGAAGAUUUUUUGCGAUGAUUCUGCACUACCUCAGUCAAUAUAUUCAGAUCCUAGUUUGGAACGAUUAACCUUUGUUUCUGCCACUGAAAAUACUCUUAAAAAUCUUGCUUUGUCUACUCCAGAGAGAUAUCAAAGUAAUCGCGCCAGUGAGUUGAGCACAACAGUAGUUUGGACCAGUCCAACUUCAUUAUUGGAACAGGAAACUGGAAAAUGUAUUGCUUUGCAAAAUAGGCAAUAUCCAUCACUGAGCACUAGUGCAGGAAGCCAUGAUAAGAAGCAAGAAAUAAAUGAAUCGGCCACGCUUGCUAGACAACAUGAAGACCAGAAAUCAACUGGAGAGUUUCUACUGGAAAGUGAAGAUCCAUCUGCAAUUAAUUGUCAAAACAAUAAUGAGCGGUGUCAGGUUGAUACCCCUAAAACGCAACAUGAGUUGACACAUGCAACAAAUGGACUAGGCUUAUCCUCUCUAAAACAUGCAGUUUCUUCUAACAGUAUAGAUGGCUGUAAUUCAGGAAAUCAAAGCAAAGCACAGGUCAAAACUCAUUGUACUGCUUCACAGGUUCCAGAGAUAUCUGCUGCACUUCCUACAUUGCUAACAGGUUGUUCUCUUAGCACAACUCCAUUUGCCCAACAAUAUCUUGGAACCUUGUCAUCUCAAGCAAACAUUGCUUUGCCUCAGUAUCAUGUUGGUUGCCCUCCAGUUUUUGGUGUUCCAGCAGGACUGAUAUAUUCUAGCAUCCCUAUGGGUCAUAUUCAAAACUCACUGACUGCUAGAAUGACUGUAGGUUCAGAUGUUGGGUCAGGAAUGUCCAGUACUACUCCACAUUGCAAUUUCACAUCCAAUCAGAAUAUCUUCAGUAGUGGAUCAUACGCAGGACAAGCAGCUGGUCCUGGCAACCCUGGAGAAUGGGGGGACUCUGUGCCAUUUGGCUUUGUACAUGUGAAAGUCCCAGAAGAAGUAAAAUUCCCUGGUGCUUGUUGUGUGGGACUGACAUCACACACAGUUCUUAGCAUUUUUAAUCCAUCUGAACGGUGGUUACAAGUCAGCAUUCAUCUCCUUGGUAUUAUGCUUGAUGGUCUAAAGAUGGACAUUUCAAAGCACAGAUGCCUGCUGUUUAAGAACAAAACUGUCAUAGGACCUUGUGCUACAGAAGAACUGAAAAUCCUAUUUUUACCUUGUCAAGCAGGAGUCUUCCAGUGUAUACUUAGUGUUGCUGCUUGGCCAUUUUCUGCAGAUGCAGAUGCAAUAAUCCAGGCAGAGGCUUUAGCUUCUCGAGUAAUUGUGAAUGCUGUUGCUGAAAAUCCUGAUAUAGAGGUGGAAGCAGGAAAGGCAAACCAUCUCGACUUUGGUGAUUUGCCAUCUGGCAGCUGGAAAGCUCUCCCACUGAAACUAACUAACAAGACUCAUGCUAGAGUACCAAUAAGACUUGUUAUUCAUGCGAAUGCUAUAGCAUGGCGCUGCUUCACGUUUUCCAAGGAACCAAUUGGAAAUACACUCCCUGCUUACAACAUCUCCCAGCUAGCAGCUCCUUCGGUGAUAUCCCAUGUAAUGAAUGCAUGCUGUGAUGGGCAAGAUCCUGAAGUUCUAGUUGUUUGGGUCCAGUUCCGGGCACCAAGCAAAUGCACCUCUUCAGAUUCUUUGGGCCCACCAGAUGAGUACUUUGCAAGAAUUGAUGUGGAAGUUGAUUGUCCAGAGCCUGGUAAUGUUUUAAGAAAUGUUCCUCUGAGUGCAAGAUCUGGAACUCCUAGGGUAUAUGCUCCAAAGGGCCUUCAGACAUUAUAUAUGUCUGCAAAGAUGGGAUCAUCAGUGAGACAGCAGUUACCAUUAAAGAAUGCUGGGAAUAUUAAAGUUGAUUUAAAGAUUAUGACACUCGAGCCUGGUAACUCCAUUUCUGUCAAGCCUGAGCAUCUGAUCCUUAAACCUGAGGAAGAACAAGAAGUGACAGUUGAGUUUUGUCCAAAGGACUACAGAAAUGUGGAGAGUGUUGUGAAAAUAUUGGUACUGCCAUCUGGACCAGAGUAUAAAGUGACUGUGAAAGGUGACGUGUCUGUUGAGGAGAGCAGACAUUCAGUACAAAAAUGCCCAAGUUCAGAUGUUCCCCCCAUUCUUGCCAACAAGCAGCUUCUGGCGUGGGGAGGGGUACAGCUUGGCAGAACAGUUCAACAGAAACUAAUUCUGAGAAAUGGCUCUCCAUCUACUACUCAACAGUUACGAAUGCUGAUAAGAGGUCAAGAUCAGGACUGUUUUCAAUUGAAACUUGGAGAUCAUAUGUAUAAUAACUGUGAAAUCAAGAUCCGACCAAAACAUGAUUAUAGUGUUUGUCUAACAUUCUCACCAUCUCGCUUAGCUUGCAUGUUUGCAAAGCUCGAAAUGAAACAGCUAGGUCUUCUAUCUCAACUAGGAAUCAAGUUCACUAUACCAUUGUAUGGAUAUGGGGGGAAAAGCAAUGUGAUAUUGGAAGAUGUUAAAAAACAAUCUAACGGAUACGUUGUAGAAUUGUGUGAGCCAUCAUCUGGUAAAUCAAGCCAAGCGUCUUUCUCAGUACACAAUACAGGGUAUCGGGCUGCAUUUGUGAAAGUACUUUGCUAUAAGAACUUCUGUGAAAAAAUUACUAUGGAUCCAAAUGUGCUGAGAAUUUUUCCAGAUAAGUUUGUCCUUAAGGAAAGUUCACAGCAGAAAGUUACAAUAACAUAUAAUUCCACUGAGGAACAAAAUAAUUCAUUGGUAUUGUCCACAAUAUGCUUCUUCUAUGGGGAUGAAAUUUCAAGACAGCAGUAUCGUAGAGCUAUGCAACAUAAUCCAGAGCAAGUGCAAAAAAUACUACCUGCUAAUAAUCCAGUGAUUGAUGUAAAAUUUGAUGAAGAAUUACCAGGGGAAGAGCUGGUGACAGAAGUGUAUGAUCUUCCAGAACAGCCAAAUGAUCUUCAGUGUUUUUUCACAAACAUGCGAAGGAUUUUUCUUUCUGUUGUUUAUGCCUCCACUAGUACUGUUUCAGAUGCCAAGCCAGCAUUAGUACAUCAUGUAGCAUUGCAGAGAUCUAGUAUUCCUGAGAAACCUAGCAUGACUCUGGAUGUACUACCUGUUAAAGGACCUGUAGGCUGUGCAUUGUCUUCAAAAGCCAGUGGUCUGGAUGAAAUUAGGCUUGUUUCUCAGGACACCUGGUCUCUUCAACCCGAAUUUCUGAUUUUCACAGCUCCUUCUCAGAGCGGAACAACAGUUACUAAAUAUGCACAAAUCACUAACAACUCAAACAGGUCACUGAAAUUUGAGCUAUCGUGGCCUGCUCACUGUCUUACGAUAACACCUCAGCUUGGAGAUAUUGAACCUGGAGCCAGCAUUUCAAUUCAUGUGAGUCCAAAUCCUUCACUCGCAGAAAAUAAAUCUGUAUUUCCAUGGAGUGGCCUUAUUUACAUACAUUGCGAUGAGAGACAAAAACUUAUUAAAGUGCAAAUUCGGGAAAAUACCUCUGAGAAGCCAUCUGGAAAGGACUUGCCAGUUGCCAAAGAGGCUGCUCAUGAUCAACAUCCUGAACUUCCUGUCAUUCACAUACGGCCGCUUCAAAAGCCACCUUCAACGAAACUUGAAAUAAAGAAUCGAACUGUGUUUUUUCCUGAGACAGGAUCUGGUAAAAGUUCAGAGAAAUAUAUAGAGAUAGAAAAUAAUGGAGAUGAAAAUGUGAAAUGGAUUUUGUCUUCUUUUGCACCAACCUAUGUCAAGGAUGUUGAUGAAAGUGGAGAAGUUUAUAGAGCUACAUAUACAACUUUCCAGUGUUCAUGUCUUUCUGGUACUCUUGAAGCUCAUGGGAAACAAAAAGUUAAAGUUACCUUUUUGCCUAGAGAUAGAGGGCAGUAUUCUCAGUUCUGGGAUCUUGAGUGUCAUCCCAUUCAUCAUUCUCACGUGAAAGACAAGCACAGACUCCAAUUUUGUGGAAUGGGUAUCCUACAAAAUGAAGCUUUAAAAGAGGAAGGUUCCAAAGCUGCCUUAGUAAAAAUUAGGGUUCAAGAUGUGUCCCAAAGAAGAGAUUACUCUGACAUUUUUGAGCACAAAAUCUGGAAAGGGGUAUGUGCCCAAGAAGAUGUUUAUACGUUUCCUCCAACUAGGAUUGGUGAAUCAAGCACACUGAAAAUCUGCGUGAGGAAUUAUUCUACCUCUCCAAAUCGGCUGAAAUUUAGAAGUCCCAGAGAGCCUUUUUACAUCAAGCAUUUCCAUUAUAAUUUGAGAUGUUACCACUACUGCAAUUUACCAGUCCAGUUCAAACCAAUGUCAUCUGGCACUUUCAAAGGUGUAUUGGUGGUAGAGACAGACAAAAGUGGUACUCUUACCAUUCAGCUGCUUGGUGAGGGUUUGUCAGAACAGUAAUUAAGAACUGCUGUUCACAGUGCAUGCUAAAUUUACAUCUAAUUUAUUGGAUGACAGGUUCCUUUUUUGUACUUUAAAAUUAUUUUAUAGGAAAAUGUGUGUUUGUAUUUUUUUAAUAAAAUAAUUUUGUCAUCAUGCAACUUACACUACUGCACUUUGGCUGAUGGGAAGCAGCAAUGUGUCUUACUUUUUUCUUCACAAAUAAUAAUUGUAUAUGUUAAAACAUGAUUUAACUUUAAAAUAAAGUUUUCCUUAAAUUCUUGCCUACUUUGCAAUGCCUUCUACUAAACUCUGUACCUUACCUGUUUCUGUUUGGCUUCAGAUUUGAGGCAGAAAAUCAAAACAGAUGUUCUUAGAAUGUUGGGUGAUCUUGGCAUUUGUUUUGUAUUUUUACUUGAGUAUUCUGCUGUCAUGGAUACAGUUCAAAUAAUACGUUUACCCCAAUAUUAAGUUUAAAAUAACUUUGUUAUUUACAUUCCCUAAGUAACAAAAUCCUCUUCUUCAUUAUACAGCUAAUAUGUGAGCAGUUGUUAACUUCAAUAAUGUCAUCACUGGCUGAGUAUGAU